AUGGCAAGCUCGAGCCUCGUCACGAUGAUCUACUGCUCUUUGCGGUGUUCACGAACGUCUUUGUGUCAACCGGGAUGCGACUUGGCCUUCCACUUUCUGCUUGUGAGACUGUCGCGACACAGCCGAGACCUUGAACGUGGCAAGAGCGACGUUGGCAUAUUUGACCUCCAUGUGGUGGACAAACGCAUAUUCAUCUUCUCCCCAAGCAAAGUGGUUUCCGUCGACCAGUCAAAGGCGGCUACCCAUAUCUUUGAGAUUCCGGCAGAGCACCCCGACGAACUCUUCAAAAUCACAGACUCCCAGAAUGGCCUAUAUGUCGAGAUAGUGCACUCUCGUGAGCUUAAAAACAAAUGA